AUGGUGGAACGGCAAGAAGAAGAACAGCGCCAAGAGGAAGAACAGCAACCAGCAAGAGCUCCACGGCAAGGUGCACGGGCACCUACACGCAGAAACAGGAAUGUGCCAGCCACUGCACAACUGAAGAAGAAUCUGGGCACACUACUGGAGCUGUGGACGGAGUGGUCCAUUGGCUACUUUGGCAAGGCUGCAAAGGACUUUACCACCAAUGAGCGCAACAAGGAUGGUCCCACAAAGCAGAUGUACAUGAGAAGGAACAAGAUAUGGAGAGUGCAAGCCUAUCUAGUCAAUGCUGGCCACACUAUUGAAGCUGCGAAUGACAAGAUCAGGACCUACUAUCACACUGACAAGCCAACACCCUUGUACACGGUCAUCAAGCUGGACCAGAGGAAUCCACAACUCCGGUUCAUUCCCUCUGGAAUUAGAGUGCGCGAUGGCAUCCAUUUGAACGGCAACGGGCCUCUCGGUAAUGACCUUGGUGGCAUACUCGCUUGA